AUGGCAAUGUGCCCUGAAUUGAUCUACCGAUUACAUGCAAUACCUAUCACAAUCACUGGCAGCUGUUUUGCUGAAAUUGGCAAACUGAUUAGAAUUUUAACACGUCCCUCCCCAGGGAUCGAACUGCGCAGCUGCGACAGUGUGCCGGCCCUCCCCCCACUGCGCGAUGUUCCGGGUCUCCUAGCGACUGAGUGUCAACAAAAAGCUGAAGCUUCAGAACUCGCUGGCCCAGGGGCCGCGGGCAGCAUGGCCGAUCGGAGGGCUCCACUUCGGCCCUUCGUACUGGAGCCAUUGCCUCCAGGCAUGACCUGCAAGCCCUGGUUCAAGGACAAACUACCUUCAAAGUGUCUGGCAAAUCAGAAGAGCAAUUUUCUGAAGUUCCCCACGUCUCUGGACAGCAGGAACUGGGUAUUUGUGAGAGAGGGGCUCGACGACUUCCGCAAUGGCUGUCCGCCAUGCGACCACAUGAUCGCUCGUGGCCGGAAGGAGGCAUUUCUCCCCAUGAUCUCUCACAAAGCUCCCCAACUUCCUCCCAUCGAAAGAAAGCUGCCUAGAAAAGCAAGCCUGUUUUCCAAGUUGUCACAGGCUCAGCUGGCACGCAAGGCUUUUGUAGCAGCUGCAGAAACCAAACUGCAGAAGCAUCCCUUAGCUCGCUAUUCCAAUCUGGAGGAAUCCCUACCUCCGGAUCUUUUAUUGAAGGUGCUGGAGGAGCUGGAUCCCGACAAGAAGCUGGAGGAUGCUUGGGCUCAUUGUGAAGGCAGGAAGGAAAAGCCCAAGGAGCCCACAAAGGCUUCUAAGCGCCGCACUUCAAAGGCUCGCCCGAAGACUCCCCCUCCCGAGACUUUUCCUGCAGCAGAACAGCCAAAAAAGUCACGUCGAAGGUCGAGUGUAUAUGCGUUGCGUGAUCCGUCUAUUCUCCGUAGAUAUGUCCCGAGAAUGGUUCGCGACUUCUGCAAAUGGGCUGCCGCUUCGGGAUACCACCAUGUCGAUGAAGACUAUGUGAUGCAACAAUUUACAAUCAGCCAUAAGUGGAAACCAGGCUUUCGUGACUACCACAUGAUGAAGGAAGAGGAGAUUCAUCCCGACCUCAAGUACAACAUGGAACUCGAUGAAACGGAUGACAUGAAAUACAUGCUAGACCACAAGGACUGGGAAAGUGAACUCAAGGAACCACCACAGUCUAUCAGGUCUACCAGGGUAAAGAUGAGGUAUGGAGCAUGGUACCUCAAGACCAGCUUGUGGAAAAAGCAAAUGACUAACGAACCUUUGAUCGACCCCAAGAUCAUCCUUGAAGCUGAACGGGAAAGAAUGAAACCAGACGUCAUUGACGAUCUUUACGGAACAAUUGCCUUCAAGGAUUUCAUUCUAAGCCGGGGCUACAGCAUGCCCCACAUUCUUGAGAAGUUGUUCACCAGGAAAGGAUGGGAUUAUGAGGCUGUCAAGACUCCUAUACCUAAAGUCAUCAAAAUUCACUUAAAACUAAGAGAGUUUACAGAGGAAGAUGAUAUGACAAUUGUCCACACAGGUUACUAG